AUGAUGAAAAACUUGGGUCUCCUACGUGACGUCACGCUUCUGCAGCUCAACUCAUCUCGUACAAACUGGCAAGUCUGGUGGAGGGAACCGGAUAUGGGAGUAUCUGGUGAGAGCGAGGGGUGCGCGGCUGCGCGCAUGUGGCGCAACGCGUGCGCGGCGCUGCUGGCGCCGGGCGCGGAGGACGCCUGGCAGCAGAUCGUCGACGCCUCGCCCCCGGACGCCGUCUGGCACUCGCUCAGGAACUGCGUCGCGUACCAGGCGGGCGUGUGGCAGAACCUGCUGGCUAAAGGCAUGAUAGACGUGAUGCAACCGGCCGCGUUCAAACUGGCUAUUGUACUGCGGCAUACACCCGCUGAGCUCACUGCUCGCUUGCUGGCUGACCUGCUGCACGACCACCCGCAGUCGCAAGAGCUGACGGCAUACGUGCUGGCGCUGCUGACGGAUGAUGAGGCGCGGUGCGGGUGUGCGCGGAGUGCGGCGCGGGGCAGGCACGGGCGGGGGGAGGGGGACGGGGAGGGGGAGAGGAGGAGUCCGGGCGCGCUGGCGCUGCGCGAGCUGCAGCUGUUCGGCGACUGCGAGCUGGCCGUGCUGGCCGCCUCGCGCGAGGAGUACGACGCGCACGCCAAGCUGGUGCGCGCCGAGUACUGCAAGCUGGCGCACUCCAGCUACGUCGAACUACGCAUCAAGGUUCUGAACCAGUUCUCUCAAAUCCCAAAGUUGUUCCACACACACGAGUUUGAGUGUUUUGAGGCUGCCGCGAGGGAGAACAUCGAGCGAGAGAUCUGCACCCUGAGAGAGCAUCUGCUCACUGGGAGGACAGAUUAA